GGCUACAGUAAAACUACAAGGUACUACCACGAACACGCUAGAUUAACUAAAUAAUUCACACAUUGAAAUUAAUUUAUUUGAAAGCACACAAUGAACUAUCAGUUACCUACUGUCCAACACGAAAUUCAUUUCAAUUACUACCAAGUUACACUCUACACAUAGUUGACGUCUGGUGGACGAAUUUCUGAAUGAUAAAAAUAGUGAUAUAAAAUUUUUUUCGUAGUGUAAAAUGCGAGUUAGCGGACAUAAUGUAAAAGUUAACAAUAUUUCAAAUACAUAUAAAACAUGUCGUGUUCUUAACUUCAUGUUAAGCGUGUUUGGUUUAAAUUGUAAUGUACAUCGCAAUGCGAAGCUUAUGCUCAUAAGAAUCUUUCUAUCAAUAAUUAUCCUAGGUGCAUUACUUGUGUUCGUUAUUUAUUAUAAAGCAAAUCACAUCAAUAAAGUUUUAAAUAAGUCUGUAACGGCAACCGAUACGGCUCAAAAUAUAUACGACUAUUUUCAAUACAUCAUCGACUUAUUCUACGUAUAUAAGUAUGGUGGUCAUGUUUACUGUGAAUACUUCAAGCAAUACUCUACCAUCGAUGACAUUAUUGGGAGAGAAAAGGACAUAAACCUGAUUAAAAAUAGAUUGUCUAAACUUAGUGUUAUUUUUAUUACAAUUUGGUUGUUAAACAGUAUAUGCGACUUCGUAGCCUGGUCAUUAACUUUCGGAUGGAAAACACCUUUAAUUUAUUCACCAUCGUACCUGUAUUUACUCAUAAGGAUGGUGACUAAUUUGGAUACUAUCUGCCAAAUAUUGAAUAUACAGUGCAGAAUGCGCGUGAUAUACAAUAUAGUGCACGAUAGUUACGAGUCUGCAGAUAGUUUGUCUGUAACAAUAUGUGAUACUAUACAAAACAAGAAUUGGUUCUACAAUAGAAAAACACCUGACUCUACUCACAAGAAAAUAACACCACAAGAGUACAACAGAGACAAACAACUCAGCAAAUGUUACUUAUUAUUAACGGAACAGUGUGCGUACAUCAACCAAAUGUUUGGUUUCAGGGUAAGUUUUCGGAACCUUGCUUGUCUAUAACAAUAAAAAUUAGUUAACAACCUCAAAGUCAAAAAAUAUCUUAAAAUAAUUUGCUAAUUUACAACAACAGUAAUGAAUAAAACAUCGUUGACUUGCUCAUCUAUUAUAUACUAAUACUAGCUAGCGUGGUAAAGUUACUUUGAGCAGAAUUACUUACGAAUAUUUAUUCAU